UUUCGAGCUCUCUUUUUUUAUUUAUUGUAUUUUUACUAAUCGGAGCCACCGUAGCUCGCUAAUCUUCGCCGCCGGACAUCCAACGGAUAAAUAUAUAUAAAUAAAAAUCGAUUCUUGGUAAUUGUUAAUGGCAUCCAUAUGCCCUCCGACGUUUCCAUCGUCGCGCACUGAGCCCAUCUCGCACACGCUCAGCGUCGUCAACUCCAGAUUCAUCUCUUCAAAGCCUAAUAGAAGAUCCCUGCACUCUGGUAUUUCACUUUCUAGGUUUUCUGAUUCCACUCUCUGCUGCCGCUGUGGCGGAAGCAGCGCUGGUGGGGGUGAUGACAGCGAUUCAGGUUUUGAGGAUUCGUGGAGGUGGGAUUUCGGCAUCCAGGAGACGAUUAGGAAUGCGAUUAAGCGGUUUGAGAAUUACCUGGGCUCGUUUAAAGAUGCGAGCGAAAAUGGAAGUGUGGUGACGGGGGACGAGGAGGAAGACGAUUGGGAUUGGGCGAGGUGGAGGAAACAUUUUUUAGAGGUUGAGGAAGAGGAACAGAUUGUUUCAAUUCUGAAGUCUCAGUUAGCAAAUGCAAUUGAGAAAGAGGAUUAUGAGGAUGCUGCUAAGAUUAAGGUUAAUAUUGCAGCUGCUACGACAAAUGACACUGUUGGAAAAGUGAUGUCAUAUAUGAAGAAAUAUGUAGAUGAAGAGUCUUAUAGAGAUGCAGCUCUUCUAAGGGAUUAUGCUGGAGCUGGAUUGGUUGGUUGGUGGGCUGGAAUUUCCGAAGAUCACAGUGAUCCUUAUGGUCGCAUAAUUCAUAUAAGUGCAGAGUAUGGUAGAUACGUAGCAAGAAGUUAUAGUCCUAGGCAGCUAGCGACAGCCUCGGCUGGUGCCCCCUUGUUUGAGGUGUAUCUUACAAACAGUAAACAUGGUGGUUUUAAGCAGCAGGCUGUUUACUUAAAGCGUAGAGGAGCUCCCCGAGAUCUUUAUGUUCCAUCCGUUAAGCCAUCAGGAACUUCCAGAGGCCUAGACUCUCAUGAUGUGAGAGACACCAAAAGCAAGCUAUUUGAAAGGAACUCCGAAGAUACAGAGGAUGGUGAAGACAGGGAUGAUGAUUCUAGUUUUGACACUGUCUUGCGUGACAUGAUACCUGGUGUGAAGGUCAAGGUUGUGAAGAUGACAGCGCAAGAGAAGGUAGACAUGGAUCUAAUAUCAAAGGUAAUUGAACAGAUAAUAGAUGAAGAUGAAGAAGAGAAGGAUUAUGAGAACACAGACACUGAAGAUGAAGCUAAAAGCGAAAAUAGUGAAGAGCAGAAUGACAUUGAACUGGACUCUGGUAAUGAAGUAGCCGAAGACAGUGGCAAAAGUCGGAUUGCAGUUGAAGUCAUUAUUAAUGAUGGGUUCAUCCAGAAAAUGUCACGUGGCACACACGUUAAAGACCUGCUUCGCGUUCCAGCAAAGCUAGAGAAAAGGGAUCGGCUUUCAUUUAAAUUUACUGUGGAGGAAGAAUCCAGCGAUCAUCUCCCGGGUGGACAGUUACCACAAAACAAAAGGCCCAAGCUUCAAGGUCAACUCAGCAUGGACCAUGUUAUGCUUGAUCUUGUCAAGUCUAUUGGAAAAGGAAAGGUGCCAAUGAAGGUUCUUAAAGAUGUUGGUGAAUUAAUAAAUCUUACACUAAUUCAAGAUCGAAAUCGUCAACCACUAUCUGGAUCAACAAUGUUCAACCGAAUUGAUGUUUCACCAACUUUAGAUCCACUUAAUGGAUUAUAUAUUGGCGCACAUGGGCUUUACACAUCUGAAGUUAUUCAUAUGAAGCGGAAAUUUGGUCAGUGGAAAGAGGAUGAAAGCCCAAUGAAGCACUCAAAAUUAGAAUUUUAUGAGUAUGUUGAAGCUGUUAAACUAACCGGCGAUCCUUAUGUUCCAGCUGGCAAGGUUGCAUUCCGUGCAAAAAUUGGGAAAAGAUAUCAAAUUCCACACAAAGGGAUUAUCCCUGAAGAAUUUGGUGUGAUUGCUCGAUAUAGAGGACAGGGAAGAUUGGCUGAGCCAGGAUUCAAGAAUCCCAGAUGGGUUGAUGGGGAACUAGUUAUACUGGACGGAAAGUACAUCAAAGGAGGGCCAGUUGUUGGCUUUGUUUAUUGGGCUCCCGAGUAUCACUUCUUAGUAUUUUUCAAUCGACUCAGGCUGCAGGAUUGAGUUAUUGUACAUAAAAGCUCAGAUUUUUUUAAUUAUUUAAGUUUGUUUUGCAGUAGUCCAUGGUUGUUGGCUCUUAAGCAAUGAGGCUCCGCUCCACAUUACAUUACUAACCAAGGAUGAUGAUGUUGCUAUCAAAAGUUUUUGGUUCAAAAUGAUUGCCAGGUGACAUACUUGUCUAACUAUGUAAGUAAUGUGGUGUGAGUACAUACGUAAUAAUACCCUUUCUAUUGCUUUUUUUCUUUAGAGAAUAGAGAAAUUCCUAUAUGCCAUGGCAUUGGGGCUCUAUUGUAGUACAAAGCUAUUUUGCUAGUCUCACUUGCUAUUUGGUAGUAAUAAGAAGAUAUCUCAAUCUUGUAUUAUUAUUAUUGUUUUGUAUUAGUUGUUGUUGAUGUCAAUAGAAAAUUAUUAGAAUUCAAAAUAGUACUAGUAUGCAAAAAACACCAAAUUAGUUC